AUGGCAUCUCCAGAGCCUCGGACGGUCUUCCUCGUCUUCAUCGUCAUUCUCGCCAUUGUCGUUAUAAUCCUGCUUGGUAUCUGCUGGAAGUUCCUCAAACCAGACAUCAUGAGGAAGCUGAUGCGGCCAAGAAGCCCUGGUUCAGAUGUUCCUGAGUACUUCAGCAGCAACAUGAGCGGAAACCUCCGGACGAUCACCUACUUCGAUUAUGCUACGCUGAAGAAGGCCACCAGGGACUUCAACCAAAAAAACCAACUUGGCAGAGGAGGCUUUGGGCCUGUUUAUCUGGGGAAACUCGACGACGGUAGGAAAGUUGCAGUGAAGCAGCUCAGCGUCGGCAAGUCUGGGCAGGGCGAGUCAGAGUUCUUCGUCGAAGUGAACAUGAUCACAAGCAUCCAGCACAAGAACCUCGUGCGCCUCGUGGGGUGCUGCUCCGAGGGGUCCCAGCGGCUGCUGGUGUACGAGUUCAUGAAGAACAAAAGCUUGGACAAGAUACUGUUUGGCAUGGCGGCUCUACGAGCAGUCCAAGAUCCUGGAGCUCGUGGACCCGAAGGUGCAGGCCGACGGGCUCGACGAGAAGGAGGUGCAGCAGGUGUGCCAGAUCGCGCUGCUGUGCGUGCAGCCGUACCCGAACCUCCGGCCGGCCAUGUCGGACGUCGUGCUGAUGCUGACGAUGAAGGGCGACCAGUCCGUCCCGGCGCCCAUGAAGCCGGCGUUCCUCGACAGGAAGAGCCUCAAGGACAAGAACGUCACGUCGGACACGGCGAUGGAGAUGAGGUCGGCGUCCUACUGGAUGAACACGCCGUCGCCCGUGGUGGACAAGCCGUACGACAUGAGCUGUGGCAUCUAGCAGGCGUUCGUUCUCGUGGAUGCCCUGCGUGCAGGACACUGCUGUGCGCAUUCAAAUUAUAUGAGCCACUUUUGAACUACACAGUUGUUGACAGUUAUGAUUUUUGA